AUGCCGGUGGCCCCCAGCCAGCCGCAGCCCCCGAGCGCGGCCGAGCAUCCCCGGCGGAGCCCGCGCGGCGCCGCCUCCAUCCCGCGCUCCCCUCCGCCGCAGCCCACGGGGAAGCGAGCCGCGCAGGAGGCACCGCCGGCACCGAGCCCGAGCCGCGCCGGAGCGCGGAGGCGGCAGCGGGAGGAGCCGGCCAAGGGCCCCGGCGCUGCCGCAGCUGCGGGCGGGGCCGCCCCGCCGAGCGGACAAGAGGCCGCGGCCCCACGCAUCCCCCGUCCGGCCCGACCCCCCGCUACUGCUGCCAUCACUCCCCGAUGCUCGUCCCCCCCGGCGCCCACCACCCCCGUGCCGGUGCCGGUCCCGGCACCCAUCCCUCCCCGCUCACUCACCGGGCCGGGCGGCUCCGGCUCCGGCUCCGGCUCCGGCUCCGGCUCCGGCUGCGGCUGCGGCUCCGUCCGGCCCCGCCCGCGCCCGCCGCGGGACCGCGGCACCGCGCACGCGGCGGGCGGGACCGGAGAGGGGCGGGACCGGGACAGGCCCCCGGCCCGCCGAGCCGGCGGGGCGAGGCGCGGCCCGGAGUGCGCCUGCGCCGUGGCGGCGGGGCCGCGGCGGGCCCGGGCUGCGCGGCGGGGCCAUGGCGGGCAGGCGGGCGCGCGGGCGGCGCGGCACCGGGGCACGGACGCGGACCCCGGAGCGGCCGCGGGCAGAGCUGUCCGGCGGCUCCCCAAGGUGCUGGGGGCGGCGGGAGCGGGGCAGUGGAAGCGGGGCGGCGGACGGGUUCUGACGCUGUCCGUGUCCCGCAGGCCCUGCCGGUUCUGCCCGCAGUGCGGGCUCGCCGUGGAGCCCGCGUUCCGCUUCUGCCCGGCCUGCGGCGGGAGGCUGCCCGCGCCGCCGGAGGAGCACGCCCGCUCGCCCCGCAAGCCGCGGCCCGGGCCGGCUGCGCCGCUGCCGGCGGACACGGUGCUGGCGGACCAGGGAGGGCGGCGGUGGAGGCUGGUGCGGCUGCUGGAGCAGGGCGGCUGCGGGCUGGUGUACGAAGCACAGUCAGCAUCUGGAACCUGUCCUCAAAAGCAAAGCUACUCCCUCAAACUUGAUGCCAAAGAUGGAAGGCUCUACAAUGAACAGAAUUUCUUCCAGCGAGCUGCAAAGGCAAGCACAGUGGAGAAGUGGAAGAAGUGGCAUUCUGUGCCGCUGCUGGGCAUCCCCAACUGUGUUGGCUUUGGACUGCAUGCAGACAGCUACAGGUUUUUGGUGUUCUCUGAUUUGGGGCGAUCUCUUCAGUCAGUCCUGAGUGAUGGCCUGCACCUGCUCAGGGAGAAGGCAGCUUUUCAGAUUGCAAUUCGCGUGCUAGACUGCCUGGAGUAUAUUCAUGAGAAUGAGUAUGCGCAUGGGGACAUCACAGCUGAGAACAUCUAUUUGAACCCAGCAGACCUCACACAGGUGACCCUCGCUGGCUAUGGCUUUGCGUUCCGCUACUGCCCCGGGGGGAAGCACGUGGCUCAGCGCGAGGGCAGCAGGACCCCUCACGAGGGCACGGUGGAGUUCAUCAGCCUGGACAGCCACAAGGGCACAGGACCAUCUCGACGGAGUGACUUGGAAUCUCUGGGCUACUGUCUUCUGAAAUGGCUCUGUGGCAUUUUGCCUUGGUCUGAUGAGCUGGACAAAGUAAAAGCUGUGGUGGAACAGAAAGAAAGGUACAGAAAGGAUGUGAGACGCCUUCUCCAACUGUGCUUCAGGCAGAGAUCCAUUCCAGAUGCCCUGGAGAACUACCUGGAGCAGGUGGUGGCACUGGAGUAUGAGGAGAAGCCUGACUACGCAGCCCUGCGGCAGCUCUUUGGAAAGCCACUGGAAAAGAUGAAAGCUUCAGCUUACGACUCCAUUGAUGUCCGAGUGGUGCCCUGAGAUCAAGGAAGAGUUCAGAGCUUUCUGCAGUGAGGCCUUUCCCAGAUAUAUUUUCACUUUUACCAGUUUUAAAAUGAGAAAGGUUUUUUAAGUGUUUCUUCCCAUGUUAAUGUGAGCCAGUGCUGAAGUUUGAGCUGCUGUUGUACCAAAUUAAUGUGAAGACUCCUGCAUGGCAGAUCAGGGGAAGCAGUAGCUGGAGAACUGCAGUGGAGCCACCAUAAGCCAGGAAACUAAAUCAGGGAUUUUCUCUUUUGAAUGAGUGACAGUACAUGGUUUUGUAAUAAACUUUGUGGACAAGUA